AUGCGACGGCACAUUCCUCGUCUGCUAUCAUCCUUUCGACCGAGGCCUUCAACACUUUCUGCGACCCGACCUACACUGAUAUAUAAUGAGAUAAGGUGUUCCUCAACUUCUACUGCAACACCAGACCCCUCCGAAUCUCAGAUACCAUCACUCUUCACACCUUCGGGAGAACCAUCCUCUUCGAAACCCUUUUACGUCACCACGCCCAUCUUCUAUGUUAAUGCUUCCCCUCAUAUAGGACAUUUACAUUCCCUCCUGCUGACCGAUGUCCUCGCUCGAUUCUCCCGCUUGAGACGCCCAGAUAGGAAAGUCAUCUUCGCAACGGGCACGGACGAACAUGGCAUGAAGAUACAACAGGCUGCUAAAGCGAGGGGAAUUGGUGAACAAGAAUUCUGUGAUGAUGUUUCAGAAAGGUUUCGAGAUCUAGCUAAAUUGGCUAAUGCCUCGAAUACCGAUUUCAUACGAACGACCGAAAAGAGACAUCAGAAAGCAGUAGAGCAUUUCUGGCAAAAGCUAGUAGACCGAGGCGAUAUAUAUAAAGGAACUCACUCAGGAUGGUAUUCAAUAUCGGACGAAUCGUUCUACGCCGCUUCGCAGGUGACGAAAAGGGAUUCUGACGGUGUGAUAGUAGCGUUGGAAAGUGGAAAUGAGGUGAUAUGGGAGGAAGAGACCAAUUGGAAAUUCAGGUUGUCAGCUUAUAAAGGGUUUUUGAAUGAGUGGUUGUCAAAGCCAGAGUCUGUUCAUCCACCAUCGGUCCGGCAACAUCUCUUAUCCCAGAUAAAUAGCCUCGAAGACUUAUCUGUUUCAAGACCCAAAUCAAGGGUGAAAUGGGGUAUACCCGUACCCAAUGAUCCUGAUCAGUCGAUAUACGUCUGGGUAGAUGCCUUGAUCAACUACUUGACCGUUACUGGCUAUCCAGCACCAGACGAGGGUUGGCCGGCGGACGUUCAUGUCGUUGGUAAGGAUAUAACCAAGUUCCACGCCAUACAUUGGCCAGCUUUACUAGCUUCCGCGUCCUUAUCGCCUCCUAGACGAGUCAUAGCUCACGCUCAUUGGACGAUGGGUAAAUCCAAAAUGUCGAAAUCCAAAGGGAAUGUCGUGGACCCGAUACAGGCAAUGAGAGAUUGGAGUGUAGAUGGUGUGAGAUGGUAUCUCAUGAGAGUCGGUGGUAGCUUGACGGACGAUGCUGACUAUGCACCAGACCAAGUAGAAGUCCAUUAUCGGAUCCUAGCGGAUCAAUUUGGAAAUCUGCUAUCUCGUAUAUCAGGUUCGAAGAUGUUGAAAAAGGCUACCAGGGAUUUAAAUCUCGUGACGCCUGAGUCGCAAGAUAGAGAUGAAGAAUUGGAUAGACUCCUCAGUGGAUUAAGAGAUGAGUUUGAGAAUAAGAUGGAAGUCUACGGAGUUAGCGGAGCUUGUCAGACGGUUAUGGAUGUGAUAGCUGCUACGAACAAGUUAUUUACCGAUCUUAAACCAUGGUCCGCUGAAGACGGUACCAAAGCGAUAAUCUACGCUUAUCAUUCCCUACGAAUCUCUUCUAUCUUGUUACAACCCAUAAUACCGACCAAGUCGAUAGAAGCUUUAGACAGGCUUGGCGUGCCUUCCGAACAGAGGACAUGGAAUGAUGCUGUCUGGCCGCAGAUCAAACAGAUCAGUACGGAGGAGGUGGUAGAGCGAUUGAAGCAAGGUGGUAGGGAAUGGAAAGGAAAAGGUCAUCUAUUCCCUUUGCCUGAUAGAGGGAAACAAAAUUUAGCGGAGUGA